UUUAUUCAAGCUCAGUUCAAUUGCGGCCAGCUUUGUUGGCGGACGUCUCAGGCGGCAUUAACUAUAAACUAUACCAAAAAAAAAAAAAUAACAAAACCGAAAUCUUCUUGCAUUUUUUUUUACCUGUGCUAACUGUGCGAAAAAGAGGGAAACACCUAGAAAAGCGAAACAAGAAUCUGAAAAAAAAACAACCGUGUGUGAAGUAAACAAUUGCAGUGACCGAAAAACCUUUAAACGAAAAUAAAAACAAAGGAAAUACCAGCAAAGAAGAACCAGAAGCAGCGGCAACUAAAGAAAACAACAACAACACGAUUAACUUGACGACAAAGAUGCCCGAGUGAUCGAGCCGAAUCAGCGAUCGCCAGUGGGAAUAGUUCAAGAAAUCGGAGGAGAGGUUCUUCGCGAUGAGGAUGCACCUGAGUGGACGCGAGGUGCGGGAGCUGUUGCGCAAGGAUCUGCUGGUGCGAUGGCGCCAGAAGGGACUCAGCCUGAUCCUGCUGGUCUGGCCGGUGCUGAUCUUCAUGCUGCUCUACCUGAUCCGCCUGAAGUACGGAUCGGAGGAGGUGGAGGCCUGCCAGUACCCCACCCGCCUGUUGCCCACCAAGAAUCAGGUGGUUCCCGCCGCCUUCUCCUACAUCUGCAGCAUUGAGAACCGCUGCCAGCCGGCGCAUCCGUACGAGGAGUACUCCCACUGGAAGGAGGCACCACUGCACUCCGUGAUCGAUGUGGUCAACGCCUUUGUCACCGACGAACGACUCCACAAGGCCGUCGUCGAGCUGGCCGAGAAGGCCAACUUUGUGUCGGCCAUUACCACGCUGAUCACCAGCGAUCGACUCGAUAUCAUACGAAGUAACAUAAGUGAAAUAAUUUCUCUGGUGCCCGAAAUUGAACGACGCAUGAACUAUAGCUUCGAUAUAAAGCAUUUGUUUUCGAAUCGCGAAACCUUUGUAAAACUGGGAGUCCUACUGUGCGGUCAUCCUUUCCCCAACACCGACACGAUACCGCUGGUCAACGAAAUCCUGGAAUCGGAGGACUUUAGCCAGGCCAACGACGCGGAACUUGAUGCAAUGCCGAACCGUCGUCGUCGUCGAUCCGAAAAUCUACCCACGGACUGGAGGCCAACCAAAUACUGCAAGCGUCUCUACCUGGAUGUGACUUCCACGAACCAGGGCAAACUCACCUGGAACACCAUCAAGCCGAUUAUCCAGGGUCGGAUUCUCUACACCCCCGCAAAUGUGGUGACCGAUAGCGUGGUGAAGUUCAGCAAUGCCACUUUUGAGGAGCUGGACAGGCUGAAGCAGCUGUCGCGGGCAGCAGCCACUAUUCUGACCAAACUGCAUACGAAUGCCACCUUCCAGGAGGCCUUCGACAGUCUGCUCAAGCUGGAAUCGCCACUGGUCAAGAGUUUGGUGGGCGAUGACUUUGAUAUCGGGGAAAUCGAGCGGGUGUUCCAAUAUAUCCGCACCAAUCAGCUGAUACACGAUAUCCUCACAACGGUGGCCGAUCUGAUGGACUGCGUAUCGGCGGAUCGUUUUGAGGCUGUCGAUAGUGUGGAGGAGCUGCAGAGAAGGGCCUACGAACUGAAUCAGAACAAGCUCUUCCUGGCCGCCCUCAAUCUGGAAGAUGUGGCUCUGAAGCAGUCCUCCUACCGCCUACACAUGGACACCGACAAUACGCAGCCCACUUUCGAGAACCGCAAUCGAUUCUGGUUCCCCGGUCCAGCCGACAGCAUGGUAAUUGAUCUCAAGUACCAUCGUGGCUUCGUCCAGCUGAAGCAAAUGGUCGACCUGGGCAUUAUCAAGAGCAAACGAGAGGAGGCUGGUUUUGCGCCCGAAGAGGAGAACCCCGAAAGUGGCCGAUCUCUAAGCAGUCUCUUCAGCAUCAAGCAUGUGGAGUCCGAUGAGGAUGAUGAUGAUGACGAUGAUGAUGAUCUCGAUCUCAGUUUGGAGGGAAGUGCCGAGCAGGCCACCCAAAAGGUGCCAGAUGAUCAGGAAGCCACCACAAUUCCUUCAUCGCCGAAAGACCAGGAUACUGAGGGGGUCACCACUAGAGAAGAAGGGGUCACCACAGAUCAGCCAACGCUGAAUGAUGAGCCCGAUCUUCUACUGCUCAACAAUGAAGAUGUUCUCAAACGUUCGAAGCGCCAGGGUAUACUGGAUUUACUUGGAGGAUUUGGUUCGUCUGGAGAUGCCAGUAAAAAGAACAAAUUCGAAGUAGAUAAUAUGCAGUUCUACACCAAGCAGUUUCCCCAUCCCGCCUUUCUGAACGAUGUCUUCAAACGUGGCCUGCACUUGUCCCAAGGUGUUCAGGUGGCCUAUCUACUGGGUCUGGUGGUGUUUGUGGCCCUUUGUGUGCGGGAACGCAUCUGGAUGCGGGAAAGCCGUAAUAGCAUGUUAAUGCGAUCGAUGGGCCUGAAGGCACAUUCCGAGCUGGUGGCCUGGGCCUUAAUAAGUUUCCUGGAGCUCUGUGUGAUCUUUGUGCUGAUCAGUGCGGUCCUGUACAGUGGCGGCAUUUUGGGAUACACCAACUGGUUCUUCAUGAUGUUCUACUGCCUGAGCUUUGGCAUUGUUUGAUUUCUUUUGGUAAGGAAAGCCUUAUCAUGUUACAUGUGCUCGAACUUCUUCAAUUCGGCGAACAUUGGUGCUGUGGCCUCGGCCCUGAUGUUUUUCAUUAGCCUGUGUCCCUUUAUCAUCGUGCUGAUGUUCGAUGCCAAGCUGAGUGUUUUCGAGAGCCUCCUGGUGGACCUGUCCUUCACCACGGCCUUCGCCAAGGGCUGGGGCGAACUGAUGCGGAUGGAGCUGCAGCAGCAGGGCCUGACCCUGGGCCAUCUCGUCCAGGUGGGUCCUGCCAGGAGCGAGUGCGCCAUGGCGCUGCUCAUGUUCCUGCUCGACUUUCUGCUAUAUGCGGUCAUCGGACUGGCCUAUCAGCGGUUCAAGAAGAAUAACUAUAGCUUCGUGAAGGUCAGUCGUUCGCAAUUGGAUGACAAACUGGGCGCCUCACUGGCCAAUGUGACCAAGUUGUAUGGCAGCAAGUGUGCCGUGUCCAAUUUGAGCCUGGACUUCGCCCGCAACCAGGUGAGCUGUCUGCUGGGUCGCAAUGGAGCCGGUAAGAGCACGGUGAUCAAGCUGCUCACGGGGCAGAUCCGGCAGAGCAGCGGCAAGGUCCUGUUGGCCGGCGAGCACCAGGUGGGCGUCUGCUGGCAGGACAACAUCCUCAUACCCACGCUGACGGCCCGAGAGCACCUGCAGCUGUAUGCCCAGAUCAAGCUGCCACCGGGCGAGAGCGGUGGAGCCGAGGAGGUGCACAGCGAGGUGGCCCGAACCCUCCAGAGCCUCAACUUUGGCCAGCACGAGUCCUAUCCCGCCUGGCAGCUGUCCGGCGGCUAUAGACGACGCCUCUGCGUGGCCAUCGCCUUCAUCGCCUCGCCCAGCGUGGUCAUCCUGGAUGAACCCUGCAACGGGGUGGACGCCAAGGCCAGGAAGGACAUCUGGCAGCUGAUCGAACGACUGCGCCAGGGAAGGGCCGUCAUCUUCGCCACCCACUUCCUGGACGAGGCCAAGUACCUCAGCGACUCGCUGGUGAUCAUGCGGAAUGGUCGCAUUAUUGCCCAGCACAGUCGCAGUUCGCUGCAGCAAUUGUGCACCUCCAGCUACAGCAUUCGGAUGCGCUGUGCCGAUGCCACCGGAGUGGCCCACAUUGUGCAGCGGGCGCAGCAGCUGCUGCCCCAGAGCCAGGUGCUCCACUCCGGAUUGGCCGAUCAGCCGCACAGCCUGACGAUCAGUGCCAGCUAUGCGGAGCAUCUGACACCCGGAGCCGUUGAGUUCCUAGAGCUGCUGCAGUCCCAAGAGGCAGCUGGCGGAGUGGCGGAUGUGGAGCUGACUAGUAGCUCCAGCCUGGAGCAGGAAUUCGAGCAGUUGAACAGGAGGAGUGGCCAGGAGGAACCACUGACGGCCAGGCGGACCAAUGGCGAAUCGCCUGCGAUCAAUGCUGCCGAGGAUCCACCAACCGCCUGCCAGCAGUUCCGCCUUCUGAUGGGCAAGCGUCUGAGGCAUCUGUCCCGCAACUACCGCCUCCUGCUCUACGUCCUCCUGCUGCCCGCUCUUUUCGAGCUGUGCGCCAUGUGGUUCGUCAGCUACCGCCUGGAGGAUGACUUCGACACCGUCCUGCCGUUGAGUCGAUCGCUUUACCCAAAAUCCGCCCAGUUUUUGUCACAGGAGCAGACCAAUGGCUUCACCGAGAAACUAUAUCCCCAUCUGAGGACAUCCUGUGAUGAGUUGGGCGAGUGCAGGGAGUUCAAUAGCUCCGAAAAUGCCUACGAUUGGGUCAUCGGCUCGUGGGAUGAGUACCGCGAGCGGCGCUAUGGUGGCUAUGGGCUAAAUGGAUCGGGAGCAACAGUGUGGUACAAUAACAAGGGCUACCACUCCAUGGUCGCCUGGCUGAACGAUCUCAAUUCGGAGCUGUUGCGCACUACCUUAAACGACUCCGAUUACGGCAUCCUCACGCUGAACGAACCCUGGAAACUGGGCUACUCCGAACUGAGCACCAGUUCGAUUCUUCGCCAGGCGGGCGAUGGAUCUAUGGUCUUCAUCCUGCUGAUUGCCUUCGGCUUGGUGGUGGCCGCCGCUUCGGUUUAUCUGGUCAACGAGAGGGUCAACGGCGAGAAGCUGCAGCAGAGGCUGUGCGGCGUGAGUGCCGUGACCUACUGGCUGGUGGCCUUCGUGUGGGACUACUUGGUGAUGGUACUGGGUCUGAUUGUCUGCCUCGCCGUCAUCCUGAUGUUCGGGAUGCCCGUAUUCGUCGACCGCCAGCAGCUGGUGGGCAUCAUUGGACUAUCAUUGGCCUUCAGCUUCGCUUGCGUUCCGGCUGUCCACGUGGCCGAGAAGAUAUUCAGCGACUCGAGCAUCGCCAUCGUGUCGAUCUUCUGCGCCAACCUCAUCAUCCCGCUGGCCACCAUGGGCAUUGUCCUCAUCCUGGGCGUGGUGGGCGAUGGUCCGGCUUGGGAUAGCUGGCGGCACGCCCUCAACCAGGCCUUCCUCAUCUUUCCCAUCCAUGCGCUGGGCGAUGGCUUCCUGGAGCUGUGCAAGAACUAUAUGGUGGCCUUGAUGUUCCGGCGCUACGACAUCGACUCGUACAAGCAUCCGCUGGCCAGCGACCUGCUCGGGCGCCACUUCACCGCUCUGUUGGUGGUGGGCGUGGCUGCCCUCAUCCUCAACGUCCUCAUCGAGUGGCACCUGCUGCGGCGAUUGUGGCAGCGCGUGGAGCGCAUGAUGGACUGCACUUAUCGCAGGGAGCUGGACAAGCUGGGCCAGCUGAAGCUGGUCAACAUCCAGAGCAUCUUCAAGAGUUGCGUGGCCGCCGGCGAGGCGGUCCGGGCGGAGAACCUCUGGCUCGCCUACCGCCGCGGACGGUACGCGGUGCGCCAGGUGCACUUCAGCGUCCAGAAGGGCGAGUGCUUCGGGUUGCUGGGCAAGAAUGGGGCCGGGAAGUCCACCAUCUUCAAGAUGCUCACCGGACAACUGCAGCCCAAUGUGGGGCACAUCUACUUCGAGCAGCCCGGAGUUUCGUACUGUCCGCAGAGCAAUCCGCUGGACCCGCUGCUCACGACGAGCGAGUGCAUCCGCUUCUACGGCCGCCUGCGUGGCAUUCGAGAUCUGGAUCAGUUUCUGGACCGCGUGCUGGACACGUACGAGCUGCGUCCGUACAAGGACAUCCAGGUGCGGAACCUGAGUGGUGGAAACAGGCGCAAACUCACGGUGGCCGUCACCUGCUGCGGCUCCACGCCCACCAUCCUGAUGGACGAGCCGACGAGCGACAUGGAUCCGGUGACCCGGGACAUGGUCUAUGCCACCAUUGAGCAGUUGCUCUUGGCUCGCCGAGCUGUGGUGCUCACCUCGCACUCGGUGUCGGAAAUCGAGCACCUGUGCCACCGAGUGGCGGUACUGCGGGCAGGCCAAGUGAUCGCCAGCGAUAGUCCGGAUCGGCUGAAGGCCGAGCACGGUGGCUACUAUGCCGUGACCUGCUUCUGCGGCCCCGCCCAACAGGCCAUCCUCUCGAGAAGCCUCAAUCAGCGACUGCCGGGAUUGCGGGAUCUGCAGCAUUGUGGCCACAGCCUGAGGUUCCUCGUGAGGAUCCGAUCGCCCGGCACUCUGGGCGAUGCACCGCUCCUCUCGGAACUCUUCGCCAUCUUGCGAGAUCUCUGCGUGGAUGUGGCCCGCUUUUCGCUGACUCGCUGUCGUUUCGAAACCGUUUUCGAGCGAAUCCUCGACAGCUGCGAGACGAAUGGCACCACUUCCAAUGGCGUCCACAGGGAGCAGCAGCAGCAUCAGGAUCAUGGCAAGGAUUUGCCCAGCAAAUCGGCUGCAGUUGGGGGCUCCCUGGAAACCGGCUACAUUCACUGUGGCUACGAGGAGACGAGAACCUGAGCGAAAUUUCAGCCAUGUUCUCAUUUCCAAACCAAAAACGACUAAAUUCAAAUUGCCUUUGGUUUUAUUUUUUUUUGCUUUUACUUAAUAAAGGCAUUUAUCUGUGACAAACGAAAAAUUUAUAUCAAAAAUAAUGUAACCUAGAGUGCUCAAAAUUAUGGUAGAAAUCGUUUUAAAAAUAUUAACGUAAUUUACUUAAUGGGUAUACUUAAUUUGUUAUGAUUUAUGUACAUUUUUAAGUUGGCUAACAUAACAGAAAUAUCAUGAGCUAAUUUUCAUUGACUUGCUACUAUUAUUUUGAGCAAAACUCUACUUUCACAUAAGUUACUUAGGCAAACAUAACAAAUUGAAGUGGAAAUCUGAAACGGUUAUGGUACUUCUAUCUUGAAAAACACAAUUGUGUAUGUCGAAUUGAGAAUUUGGCUGAAUAGACAUUUUAUGUGGUUUGUACUGGUUUUUAACUUAUGCAUACAAUAAUGUGAUUAUAAAUCUGGUAGCUUUACAGUCAAUUUUAAAUAUUAUUAAUACAAAGUAGAUGACUAAACUUUUAAAAUUUUAUUCAAAAAUCCGACAAACACCUGUAAUUUUUAAUCACAAAUCCGAUAUUAUUGUACAAUAGGUAGACAAGUUUUUUUUUUUUGUGAUAAGAUCGGUUAUGGCCGAUCCAGUGAUAAUAAUUCACUUACUUCCGGGUGUUCUGUUUAGCCAUUAAGAGUCCUUCCUUGCCCCAAAAUAUUAUCCUCCCAUAGCUUUAACAAAUUUGUAUGUACUGUGCGCGUAUAUUUAAGACCAAUCUAAAUAUAUAUAUAGUUAUGUGUAUACGUCAAGACAGAAUCCCUAUUGAAUCUGGCUAAAGAUUUGUGUUGCAAUUCGAUAAUUAAUAAAGUCAAUGAUGUUUAUAUCGAUAUAUAUG